AUGUCUGACAAAAGCGACGACAGUGCACCUGCACAACCACCGAAAAGGGCUAAAAGCCUUGUGUGGGACUACUUAGCGAAAAUUUCCAGUACGAACGCUUCGUGCAAUGCGUGUUCCAGCACUUUGAAGACGCCAACAGGCUCAACGACGGCCCUUGUGCGACAUUUGAAUGCUCACCCUGUAGCAAUAGUAGAAUAUAGGAAGAAAAGUGGGGACAGCAUCCGUUCGGCGAAGCAGCCAAGGAUAACAGAUAUUUUGAAACAAAAUGAACCGCUGCCAGCAAGCAAGGUGAAAGCCCUGAAUCGAAAGGUAGCUGAGCUUAUAGCCUUGGACUAUCAGCCGCUAUCUAUAGUAGCAGACAGGGGCUUCAGUGCUUUAACGAAAGAAGCUGUACCCAACUACGAGCUGCCUUCGCGUACUACUGUUUCACGCACUCUGAUUCCACGUAUCUACGACGACACGGGGAAACGCGUUGACAGCGAGCUUCGCGCGGCGAUGGACGGUGUAGUGUGCUCCUUUGCGUUCACAUCAGAUAUGUGGACAUCGAGGGCUAAUGACUCAUCCAUAAGCCUCACAUGCCACUUUCUGACGCCUGACUUCGCCAUGAAGAGGUAUUUACUGAACGUGAGACACUUCCCCGAGAAACAUACAGGUAACAAUAUUGCUGCUGCUUUGAAUUCACUGUGUGAAGAAUGGGGCAUACUCAAUGAGAAAUACAAACUUUAUAUUGUCACUGACAAUGGAAGGAACAUUCGUGCCGCCGUAAAGAAACUGAAACUGAGUGAACGCUCAUGCUUUGCUCAUACGCUUCAGCUUGCAAUUCAUGAUGCCAAACAAGAGUGCUCGACUUUAAGUACCUUAUGCAAAAAAGGCAGGUCAAUAUUUGGACACUACAAACACAGUUCAGCAGCACAAAAAAGGUUGCAUGAUAUGUUGCUGCAAAUGAAAAAACCUGAUCUCCAUGUGGUGCAAGAUGUUGACACACGUUGGAAUAGCCAGUAUUUGAUGCUUUCAACACUCCUGGAGCUUAAAGAAGCCAUUACUGUCGAGCUGGCAACAUCUGAUGCAGACAUUGAAUGCUUUUCAUCUUCAGACUGGAGAGAAGUUGCUGACUUUGUGGAGAUGUUGAAGCCCCUGUAUGAUGCCACAACACUUCUGAGUGGUGAGAAAUAUGCCACGUUACCCAGCCAAAUACCCAUAAUUCAUGGGCUUUUAGAAUGCCUGUCACAACAGAAACACAAAUCUAUCUUUGCUGGAAUAUGUGCCAGAGCUAUUACUGCACGGUUCCCACAAUAUGAUCUUGAUGAAACUGCUGCUAUGUCCAUGUUCUUGGACCCUCGCUACAAAGGAGCUGUGUACAUCACAAGUACCCACAAGUUGACAUGGAUUAAAGACGCUGUGCAGCACCACCACCACCACCGCUGUGAUGCACUGCUUAUGGAGGAUAUUUCUGAGCUCCCAACAAGUGUACCCCGACCAAGCACUAGCUCAUCACAAGGGGUUUGGGAGGUUUUUGACAAGCCAGCUUCAAACGUUCCUGCAUCCGGACGUUUACCCAUCGAGAAAGAAAUGAGUGACUAUUGUGAGGAAGGCCUUCUGCCACGACAGAAGGAUCCUCUUCAGUGGUGGAAGUGUACAGAGAGGGUCACACAAGUACCCGCAACUUUCAAGGCUGGCCAGGGAAUACUUAGCCAUACCGGCCACCUCUGUUCCAAAUGA